AUGCGGUGGCGGCUUUUCCUUGCCGUGCUACUCCUUCAUCUGGGAUAUACCCAGGCCAAGGGGAAGCGACGAAAGUGCCCUCCAACUUCAUGGAGUGAGGGAAGAAUCGUCGAAACUGUGCUCGCAAACUAUACUCGAAUGCUGCCAGAAGCCGAAGACGCAGUCAUUGUCAAUAUCGAAUUGCAUGUCCAGGAUAUGUCAUCCCUGAACGAACUCACAUCAGAUUUCGAGAUCGAAAUUUUGUUCACACAGCUCUGGCACGAUCCGGCGCUGGCAUUCGCCCAUCUACCCGCUUGCAAGCGAAAUGUCACUAUGGAGAACAAGCACUUGAAAAAUGUUUGGACCCCCAAUACAUGCAUUAUAAACUCGAAAAACACGAUGAUUCACCGCUCGCCGGCCGAAAAUGUGAUGUUCAUCCUCUAUGAAAAUGGCACUGUCUGGGUCAAUCACCGGUUGAGUUUGAAGGCGCCAUGCGCGCUCGACCUUCGGCGCUUCCCAUUUGAUGUGCAAAAGUGCGAACUAAUAUUCGAGUCUUAUUCUCACAACUCCGAAGAGGUCGAACUCCAUUGGAUGGAAGAGCCGUUGACGUUAAUGAAGGAGAUCUUGCUGCCAGACUUUGAUCUCGUCAACUACAAUACUAAACGGGAUACAUUGCUAUAUCCGAAUGGAUAUUGGGAUCAAUUAAUGGUGACAUUCACGUUCAAGCGACGUUAUGGCUUCUAUAUAAUUCAAGCCUACGUGCCAACCUAUCUUACAAUCAUCGUCUCAUGGGUAUCAUUCUGUAUGGAGCCCAAGGCUCUGCCGGCCCGGACGACGGUCGGGAUCUCAUCGCUUCUCGCGCUCACAUUCCAGUUUGGGAAUAUCCUUAAGAAUUUGCCGCGGGUUUCCUACGUUAAAGCAAUGGAUGUGUGGAUGCUGGGUUGCAUCUCGUUCGUUUUCGGAACGAUGGUUGAGCUGGCAAUUGUCUGUUAUAUCACGCGAUGUCAAAAUAGCGGAUCCUCGCGAAGCCCUCGUCGUGAAUCACGGGCUAGGGCAGCAGUCUAUGCUAACGGAGGAUGUCGAAACCGUACACCUCAUCAUCCGAAUGGCACCAUUCUACGCGAAUCCCUUGUCAGCAACGGGACUAUCCGAGAGACGGCAGUUGAUGGGCCACCUGUCAGCGAUGCUUAUCGUGCCGCACCCCCUCCACUCCAUUACCACAUGCAUAAUUUUGACGUUGCGACACCGUUAACAUUGGAACAGGUGGGCGGGGCUCCUCCAGAUGAUGGUCAUGGCGAGGAACCACCCGGUUGUCUAGCCCGUUUCCAUCCAGAAGCUAUCGACAAAAUGUCCAUCGUCUGUUUUCCACUGGCCUUCACGCUUUUUAACCUACUCUACUGGUGGACCUACCUUGCCGAGACGUUUAAUCAAGAUUUUCUACCCAUCUCACACGAA